CCGGUCCUGGAGAUGGUUAACCAGGAAGAGUGACCAGGUUUGCUCCAAUCUAAUUUUAACCAUGGUUACUGAAAUGCUAUUGAACAUGGUUUGGCCUUGUCUACACUUACAGGUACAAUAUGUUCAGCACUGGGGAAGAAGGGCUGGUAGACAGAGUAGAGAAAACACCCCACAACGAGUUGCAGUCAGUACCAUGUGCAUUGUGGGCACAUAAUACAUAUUAAUAAUUAGACCGUUUGGUGGAAUCUUUGUGAGUCCACAGUUGGUGACACUGCUGUAGUAUGUCAGAAAGUCAACACUGGCGUGUCUUUUGUUUGGUGGUGUGUCCUCAGGCACACUGCCACUGGCAGUGACUGAGCUUGGGCACAAGACUGUGGGGGGAUGAGGUGUUGCAGAACUCCUGCUCCGAUGCACUUUAGUUCAUUUGUGGCACCCUGAGCUAGAACAGCUAAGAUUAGGAGCUGCAUGUGCCUCUGUCCCUGCCCCUGGACUGAGAGCCUCUCUUAUUUCAGCAGCAAAGAGGAGGGGAGGUGACUGUCCUUUGCAAGGCUCUGUUUGGGAGAGAAAGGAGGGGUUUCCUGUGGAUUAGCCCUUGAUAUUACAGAAAGCCUGAUGAGCCACUGGUGAGACUUCACCUUCCUUUGAGCUGCAUAAAAGGCUGGGGUCACUGCUACACUUGCCACUCACUGCUCUUCCCCUGAUUCCAGCUGCGCUCCCAGUACCUGUCUGUAUCACCCGUAAACUUCUUCACUGCCGCUGCCUUCUGCACGGACUGAGAUCCACUGGAAGUGGAAUCCUUCCAAAAUGACAGACAACCAGUCAGACAUCAGUAUUCAAAUGUCAAGUACAAACGGCCUCCCGAGCAGAAAACAGUCCUCUCAAGACCCAUCAGUCAGCAGAGGAACCAUUGUGACCUUUCACAACAUCUGCUACAGAGUGGAGGUGAAGAGUGGCUUCAUAUGUUGUCGAAAAACGGCAGAUAAAGAAAUUUUGAAAGAUAUCAAUGGGGUUAUGAGACCAGGACUGAAUGCAAUUCUGGGACCCACUGGCAGUGGGAAAUCUUCGCUAUUGGAUAUCUUAGCUGCAAGGAAAGAUCCUCAUGGUCUGUCCGGAGAUGUUUUGAUAAAUGGAACUCCUCAGCCUGCCAACUUUAAAUGUAUCUCUGGAUAUGUGGUACAGGAUGAUGUGGUGAUGGGAACUCUGACAGUGAGAGAAAAUUUACAGUUCUCAGCAGCACUCCGGCUCCCCACGUCUGUGAAGGAACAGGAAAAGGAGGAACGAAUCGACCAGAUCAUCAAGGAACUGGGUUUGACCAAAGUGGCAGAUUCCAAGGUUGGCACCCAGUUCAUUCGUGGGGUGUCCGGGGGAGAGAGAAAACGGACCAAUAUUGGAAUGGAACUCAUUACUGACCCUGCAGUCUUGUUCUUAGAUGAACCAACUACUGGAUUAGAUGCCAGCACUGCCAAUGCAGUCUUGCUGCUCCUGAAAAGGAUGUCAAAGCAGGGGAAAACAAUAAUCUUUUCCAUCCAUCAGCCCCGGUACUCCAUAUUCAGAUUGUUUGACAACCUGACAUUAUUGGCUGCAGGAAGAAUGCUGUACCAUGGCCCUGCUCAGAAUGCCAUUGAAUACUUCAAAUCUAUUGGUUAUGAAUGCGAGCCAUACAACAAUCCUGCUGAUUUUUUUCUGGAUGUCAUUAAUGGAGACUCAACUGCUGUGGCAGCAAGCAAGGCUGAUGAUGUUGAUCUAGAUAACAUUGAAGAACACAUCAACCGUGAUAAGACUUUGGCAGAGAAGAUAGCAGAGCACUAUUCCAGUUCCACCUACUACAGAGAAACGAAAGCAACAUUACAGAACAUUUCUUUGGAGAAUAAAAAGAAAGUGAAGACAAUUUUCAGACAAGUUACAUAUACCACUUCCUUCUUUCAUCAGCUCAAGUGGGUGUCGAAACGCACAUUUAAAAACUUGAUAGGCAACCCUCAAGCCUCCAUAGCUCAGCUGUGUGUUACACUUUUCCUGGGACUAGUUGUAGGUGCCAUUUUCUUUGGGAUAAAAGAUGAUUUUACCGGUGUGCAAAACAGAAUUGGAGCAAUGUUCUUCGUGACCACCAACCAGUGUUUCAGCAGUAUUUCAUCUAUUGAACUUUUCAUUGUGGAAAAAAAGAUAUUUAUACAUGAAUAUAUCAGUGGGUACUACAGAGUGUCUGCAUACUUCAUCUCAAAGCUAAUGGCUGAUUUAAUACCCAUGAGGACUUUACCAAGCAUCAUCUUCACCUGUAUAGUUUAUUUCAUGUUAGGUUUGAAGCCAAGAGCAGAUGCCUUCUUUAUAAUGAUGUUUACUAUUAUGAUGGUAUCCUACACGGCCACUGCUAUGGCGCUAGCAAUUGCAACAGGACAGGAUGUGGUAGCUGUAGCUAAUCUACUCAUGACCAUCACGUUUGUUUUUAUGAUUAUUUUCUCCGGGUUGUUGGUAAAUCUCACAAGCAUCUUGUCUUGGCUUUCCUGGCUGCAGUAUUUGAGCAUCCCUCGAUAUGGCAUGACAGCUUUGCAAAUUAAUGAAUUUACUGAUCUGAAAUUAUGCACUGGUAUCACUAAUACAAGUCAGAUUGAUAUGAACUGCACAGAGGUUAGCCAACCGUAUUGUACUGGAGAAGAAUAUUUGAAAAGCCAAGGAAUUGAGGCAACUUCCUGGGGCCUGUGGCAGAAUCAUGUGGCUCUUGCAUGCAUGACAAUAAUUUUCCUUACAAUUUCUUAUCUGAAACUGCACUUCAUGAAAAAGUUAUCUUAAAACAAAAGUGUAAAUAUACUGUAAUUCACAUUGUUUGAAUAGUUUUAUAAGUUAGAAAACUGACUUGAUUUUUGUUAAUAGUACUCUUUUGUAUCUUUUACCUCUUGCCUCAAAAUGUAACAAAGUUAACAAAAAUCUUCAGCAAUACUAAAUAUUCAUUGAAAUGCACUUUCUUGAAAUUUACAGUAUGCCUGAAUUUUCUUUAUUGUCAUGAAAUGUACAUAAGAGUAUUCAUCUCAUCAUCAGACCAAUUGUAAAGUCAAUUCUUUACUAUAUGCUAUUUGUUAAAAUACAGAACAAUUAUGAAAUGGUAAUAAUUAAUGGCUCUACCCACAACGAAAAGGUUCCGUGGUUGGACAAAUUUUCUUAAUUUUGCACAUCCAGAGUGAUACUCUGACAAAAAAGAAAAUCUAUUUUUAAGGUCUUGGAACACUAAUUUUAUCUCUCCUAUUUCCCUCCUCCACAUACAUUCCACCACAUCGUAGUCAUGUUUGCCAUGCGCCAGAUUUUGCCUGGCCCUUACAUGGAUGCAUAGUUGGAGGUGGUGAGGGGAAGGCUAAGAAGCUGCCUAACCUUUGUGUACUCUGUAUAAGAACUAGGAAGAAUUGUAGCCCCUGCGGUUAGUUGUGGCAUGCUGGGGCGGUCUUAUUCGUUGGGGUGCACAGUGCCACAAAAGGACUUGGAGGAGCAGGCAGAGGGUGAGGUUAUGGUUCUGCCCCACCUCUUGCAUCUGUUCACUGGUCAGAUGUAAAAUCGGUUUGCAUGGCUUCAGUAAUGUGGAAAUAUGUAUUGCUGAAUACAAACCUUAACUAUCAUGCAUGGGAAAAUGUGCAUUAAAAUAUACAUGCCAAAUAUAAUGCAUUUUUUCUUUGCACAGUAUUUCAGCUAGGAACACAGAAAUUACCAUACAGCAACAGACCAAUAAUCUACUUUGAUAUCCUAUUUCCAUUGUGAGAUUUUUUUAAAGUAAUAUUUUUUUGGUUAUUUUUAUUUGUCUUCUGGUUUCUGAGCUCUUUGGGUGAAUUUGCUUCAUGUUUUCAAGCUUUAUUCUGUAACCAUAUGGGCUAGAAACUUCUUUGAAGUGAGAGCUGAAAUUCUCAUGUAAUCUCUUGAUUCCAGCUGUUGAGGGUUUAAGGAAAACACCAAGCAUCACCAGACUCAUGAUCAAAUAGCGAGAGCUGGCAACACUGUCUUAAUAACAUACUAUAGCUGUAAUACAUUAAUAUGUAGUUUCUACAGGUAAAUUAAUUCUCACUUUAUGUUGCAUUUUAAAUUUCCUUAUGUCAAGUACCUCCUGUUUUUGUGUUAUCUGAAGGGGCAGAUGGUGUACCCUAAAGAUAGUCUACAUUCUAUUAAUUAAUUUAUAUAACUCUGUUGUAUUUAUUCUCCUUGAAUGGAAGGCUUCUCAGUUCCUGUGCAAGAAAUUACCUUUGUUGUCCUUAGGAUUUUUUCUGUUGCAAUUUUUUUCUGUUGCAGCUAUAGUGUGUCUUUUUAAUGUGGUGACCAAAAAUAAAUGUGUUAUUCAAAGGA